CGUAUACGUGAUCGUGACUAUUGUAUCUACCGAUCCGACGACGUCGAAUGCAAGGCACCUUACUGCUGACCACUCAACAAUUACCACUUGACACAAGAAUCGGGUGGUAGCCGUUUUGCGAUGAGUGCGUAGGAAGAUCAAGAUGCUGUCCAUUGCCAACCGUCGACUUCCAUGGUGGAUCAGGAAAAUAUCUGCUUUUACUGUAAUACUUUCCAUUCAUCUCCGAAUCCGUGAAUGGAUCUAUCUUUCGAGAUUAGAAGCCAACGAACCUGACGCGGAUUAUCCGUGGUGGACGGACGACCGAGGCUGGCGGCUAUCUCGGUUUCCCUCGGUUGAGCAGCGUGUAAAGCACUAUAUGUCGAACUGGUAUGCACCACCCUGCGACUCGACUACCGGGGUGAGGGUUUCUAAAUGGUCCCGAGACGGCACAUGGGUGGCCAAGCCAACUUGGUACGAGUUGGGGACAAGUUCGAUCGCUGCUUCGAGUGCGGUCGAAACAGACACCGUCUUCUACGCUGCUGCCAAACCAAUCAUCAAUUGCACUUAUUCACCCACCAAUAAUUUACGUUUCUACUGUCGGGAUGCGCGAGAUACUUUACUGAAUGCUACAGUUGAGCUUGACAUUCCAAUCUUGAUGCAAUUUGGAGACCUGGACUACUCAUUGAAACAAGACAAAGUCGACAUUCCAGUUUUGAAAAAAUAUCGGAAUGCAAUGAGCUUGCAGGAACUGUACGCCUUGACUUCUCAGAAAUGCUAUCGCGGAAGGCCAAGGGUGGCGCCAUCGUUUCUAGACAGGCGCUUACAACCAAUAAUUUGGAAUUUGAAUUCGCAACGUCAUUAUGCAAGGCUUGCUGCGGUUUCUAAGUUUGACAUUCCUUGGGAAAACAAAACUGAUAUGGCCGUAUUUUACGGAAACUUGAACGACCACGAUGCGAAUCAAGGGUCGCUGCAAAUGAAUCAGUUUUCCCUGGAUGUUGACAAAUGCCUCGAGCUUCCACGUUGUCGUCUAGUACUAAUGCACAACAGCUCAGAGCUCGUUGAUGCCAAAUUGACCAAAACGUUCGGCCGCGUACCGGAUGUUGUUGCUGGGGUUAGAGUAGUUGGUGAUCGACGAAAAAUGGACGACCUGCUCCAAUACAAAGCGCUAAUUAUGCUCGAAGGGAAUGAUGUCUCUUCGGGCUUGAAAUGGGGAUUGCUGUCGAAUUCAGUUGUCAUGAUGCCGCGUCCCAAGUUUUCCUCGUGGGCAAUGGAAGAUUUUUUGGUCCCGUGGGUACACUACGUUCCAUUAGAAGAGAGCCUAAAUGAUGUUGAAAGGAAAAUGGAAUGGAUUUUGGAUCACCCAAAAGAAGCUCAGGAAAUAGCACGACGGGGCACCUUGUGGAUGAAUGAUCUUCUGUAUGACCCCAUAUCCGAUACUGAAAAUAAAUGGAUCAAUCAGGAGAUUCUUUGGAGAUAUAAGGCUCAUUUCCGAAUAUCCAGCAUCGAUAGCUAA